AAUCAUCUUUAAUCCAAAAUCCAUCAUCAUCAUUGUUAUCAUCAUUUAACAUAGCACACACAAAAAUAUUAUUAUCACAUGAAAAAAUGCGACGAAACGUUUCAAAUCAAUAUGAUCCAAAUAUGCCUAUGGGCAAAAAAUUUAUCGUUGUACAUGUACAGAAUGAAGAUCCGCUCUAUUUUCUUGUCGAGGUCAAAGCCAAAGUAUGCGAACUAUUUGUACAGAUAACUAAAUUUUUAAAAUUGCUUGAACCUGAACUAUUUGGUUUGGCCAUUGAAUCCAAUGAUAAAACAUUAAUAUUUUUGGAUCCGUUGGAAAAACUAUCCAAAUAUGCACCGAAAUCAUGGAAAACACAGAAUAAUGGUCUGGACAAUAAAGGUCUACCAUUAUUUGACGUAUAUUUUCGUGUACAAUUCUAUGUCGAUUCUUAUCUGUUCAUAAGUUGUAAAAUUGCCAAAUAUUAUUAUUAUCAUCAAUUACGGGAAAAUGUUUUACGUUAUGAACAAUCAAUGUCGGAAGAACGUUGUUUCCUCCUAGCAUCAUAUGCAUUGCAAGCUGAUUAUGGAAAUUAUAAUCCAAAAUUGCAUAAAACUCGUUAUUUUGAACCGGAUCAUUAUUUUCCACAAUGGGUGAUUGAUGAAUUAGGCCGUGAUUAUAUUCAACGUUAUUUACCUGCCUUACAUUGUGAUCAUAAAGGAAUGUCCAAAUCGGAAGCACAAUCAAUGUUUAUACGUGAAGCAUCCGAUCCAAUUGCUGGACAUAAUUUUCAUCUGUAUAAAAUGGUAUCCACCUCAACCACUCCAUCCACCUCCAGUAAUAAGAAAGCAACAUUACCAUCGGGAGAUAUAUGGUUGGCAAUUACCAUUACUGGUUUGAUGAUUUAUGCAGCUGAUUCAUCAACAAAUCAACAAAAUUAUCAUCGAUUAAAAACAAGGAUCUCUUAUUUUCCAUGGUCUGAUAUUGGGAAAUUAUCAUUCGAUAAGAAAAAAUUUGAAAUUCGUUCAAUCGGUGCCCAAAGUCGUAAAUUUAUUUAUUACUGUCGUUCGGAAGAAAUUGCCAGAUUUUUAUUAUGGUUUUCACGUGCAAGUCAUCAAUUUCAUCUGAUGGUACUGCCAAAAAUGCGUGAAAUGUUAAAACGAGAAGCUGAAAUAAAUCGAAGAAAAUAUCGUGAAAAUUGUAUUUCAUCAUCUUUAUCGCCAUCAACAACAGCCAAUAUGACCACCACCAACCAACUCAUCACCGCCAAUUCGAAUCGAGCAUCAAGCAGUGUUAUAUGCGAAGAAAUUAAUAAUAAUAAUCAUUCUAAUAAACAAAUAACAGCAAAAUCAAUAUCACCAUUCGAAUUUAGUUCGGCAACCAGUAGCAAAAGUUCAACAGGUAAUCAUAAAAAAUCACCGAUAACAUCCGAUCUGGAUAUUUCGACAUCGUCAUCAUCAGUUUGCUAUGGAUUAUUAUGCAACAACAACAAUGAUGGUAAUGGUAAUGAUGAUCAUUUAAUUAAAGAUUCAAUCGAUGAUGAUGAUCAACAACAACAACAAAGAAAUUCAGUUAUAUCACAAACAUCAUCAAAUACAACAUCGGGUAUUGCAUCGGAAAAAAUGCAUUCCGUAUUAGGUGAUGAAGAUUCGGAUCCAGAAUCUGAUUUAUUAAUGUCAUUGAAUGGUCAUCAUCAUCAUGGCCAUGGGCAUCUUAAUAUUGGUCAUCGUGCAAUUACAUUAUCAUCAUCAUCAUCUUCAGGAUGUCAUUCCCCGCAACCGGUUGUAUCAAUGGAAUCAUUAGCAAUGAGUGAACCAAUCAAUGACAAUCAUCAUCAUCAUAGAAAUCAUCCACUUAACCAUCAUCAUACAGGAGAUAAAUCUUCAAUGAUGAAAAAACAUUCAAUAUCAAUAUCAAACAUUAUGAUUACGGCCAAUAAUGCUGAAACAUCAUCACCGAUUUCGUCGUCAUCAUCUUGUUCAUCAAAUUCACAGAUUAAAAACAUCAGUACAACAGUUUUACCAACCGAAAUCGUUGUUGUUAAUCCGGAUAGAAAUUCCAAAGUUUCAUUAUGUCUAAAUAUUAAUGGUGGAUCAUCGCGAUCAUCCAAAUCAUCGUCAACAAAAUCAAAACCAUCGAAAAAAUCCACAACAAAAACAAAUGAAGAAUCGGAUGAUUCUGAUGCAGAUGAAAUUGAUUCAUCAUCAAACGAUAAGAGUAACCGAUCAAAUAAAAGUAGUGUUACAGUAUUGUCAACCAUUUUGAAACCAGAAGCUGAACGUUUAUUGAAACAGCAAGGUAUCGAUGCUGUUGAUAAUAUUGUUAUCGAUGCAUUCAAUAAUGUUCCAACAGAAAAUGAUUCCAAUGAAAUUAAUUCCAUAGAAUUGGCUGAAUUGAAAGAAUUUGAACAACAAGAAAAAGAAAAAAUUAUUCUCAAUUCAUUGAUUGAUAAUAUACCUCCACCGUUGCCAUUAACAUCAUCAAUGGAUUCAUCAUCCGAUUCUGAUUCUUCCUCGGAUUCAGAUUCAGAUUCUGAUUCUUCGGAUGAUGAUGAUAAUACUUUUCAAUCACCAAAAUCGAAUCAUCAUUAUUCUCCACUUGCUCAAGAGAAACGUUUACAUAAUAAGCCGCAGCAUAAUCAAGCUGAUUUUUCUAGUCCAAAUCAACAAAAAUUUAAUAACGAUAAUUCUACUAAUAAAACAACAAUAACAGAAUUGAAAUCAAAAAAUUUACCAAAAACAAAUCAUAUUUAUGAAAAUAUUCCAUAUUCUGGUGAUUCUGGUGCCACGAUCAAUCAAACAACAACGCCAAACAAUAUGAAUGCCAAAAAAUAUUAUCAACAACAUGUUCCAUUAUCGAUCAAUCUACCUUUACGGCCAUAUCCAUCAUUAAAUUCGGUUCCAAAUCCAAAUCAAACUUAUCAUCGAACUGGUAUGCGUAUCGGUGUAUCAUCAUUAUCACGUCCUGGCUCGGGAGCACAGAAAAAUUUGACCAAUUUACUUCGACAAAAUGGUUGUAUCCAUUCUGCUGGUUUGAGUGGCCAACAACAUCAACAACAAUGGUAUCCAUUGAAUAAUUCGGUUACAAAUCAUCUUCAUUUUGCCGGAUCUGAACCAAAUUUAUAUCAAUUUGGUCAAUUGAAUCCUCCGCAACAACAACAGCAAAAACCAAAAGUAAUUGAAAAAUUAGAAAAUUCAACCAAAAAAACUACCGAACAAAAUCAAACACCAGUUGCCAAUACAUUUCGACAAUUUAUCAAAAAUCAACUUGGUGAUGGUGGUGAUUAUACGGCAAACGACAAAUCUGUGGAGAUACAAAAGCUAACAUUAGAUUUAAGUAAAAUCAAUAAUAAUAAUGAUCAAUCAGCUGUUUAUAUAACACCACCACCAUCGGCUGAUUAUAAUCGAAAAACCUACAGCAACAACAACAUCAACACUGAACAAUUUUCAAAAACAAUUUCUUCGCCUAGUCAACAACCAAUGUCAUCGUCGUCGAAUAUUUCAAGUCCAAGAUCAAUUUCAUCAAACGACGAAGAUCAACAACAACAGCCAAAAAUUAUACCGACAACAAAAAAAUCCAAAGAAUCACGUCUGAGAGAAUUGAGACAACGUACAUCGGAUCUAAAUCUACCAUUAAUAACAGCAUUGUUUAAUGAUUCUAGCCUACAAUUAUCGGAUCGUUUUAUGAUUGAUCCACCUUCCAAAAGUCGAUCGAUGCAGCAUUUAACACCACCAACAACAUCCACACCAUCAAAUCAUCAUCAUCAUCAUAAUCGUCAUCAUCGUCAACAUUAUUAUAGCAAUGGGAAUUGUUCUUCAGGUGGUUGUACAUCAUCAUCAUCAUCGGAAUCAACAUCCGAAUCAUCAACACCAUCAUCAUCAAGAGCAAGUCCAGCAAGUAUUGAACGAUCAUGUACAUUUCGUGUUGAUGAAGCACUAGCUAAAUCUGCACUUCGUCAAUCAUCAAAUCGUAAUGAUGCUAAUAAUAAUCAUCAUAUUGAUGAUGAUGAUCAUUUUCAUAUUGGACAUCGACCAAUAAGUUGGCAUUUGGAAAAAUCCAAUGCAUUCAUCAAUAAUGGUUGGCCGCAUCAAUAUAAUGGCUAUGGUGGCAAUGGAUCAUCACCGAAUCAUCCCCAUCAACAACAACCACAACAACCUCGUCGUUUAUCAAUGGGAAAUAAUAAUAAUGCCAAUGCUAAUAGUGGUGGUGGUCGAAUAACAAAAAUGAUCAUCAAACAACAACAACAGCCAAAUCUAUCGACUAAUAAUCAAUUUUAUCAACUUCGUUCAUAAAAAAACCAAACUAAUUCACAUUCCAUAGAAUCAUAUUUUCAUUACAUCAAUUUUAUAUAGCUUUAAACUUCCAUCAAUACUAUUCUGGGUAUUCUCUCUCUUUUUAUCUUUCUUUUUUUC